AUGCUCGUCUCAAUGUUCAGGUAUAUCUUCUCGCGGCGUUAUGUGCCUGUCCUCGACAAGCCCGCAGGCGAUCUCAGCGAGAAAGAGUUCGAUCUGGAGUCGACGGGCUCCGACACCUCAGAGGCAAGCACACUUACCGGGAACGAGAAACCAUCCUUCAAGGCCGAUUCUCGAGUCAUCUCAGAUGCCAUCAUCGGCCUCUCAGACGGCCUGACAGUGCCGUUUGCUCUCACAGCCGGACUGUCAGCACUCGGGGAUACCAAGGUGGUCAUCUAUGGCGGGCUCGCAGAACUCAUCGCGGGAGCUAUCUCGAUGGGCCUGGGAGGGUAUUUGGGGGCUAAAAGCGAAGAGGAAUCUUACCACGCCACGCGGAAGCAGACAAAUGAUCAGAUCUUGAACAACCCAAACGCCCUGUCUGAGAGCAUCUCGGCCAUAUUCGAGCCCUACAACCUUCCAGAACCUCUGACGGCCGAGCUCACGACUCACCUAGAGAAAUGCGAGCCAGACCAGAUGGUCAAUUUCAUCAUGUCCUUUGAACACGCCCUGCCGGAGCCUGCUAGCUCCCGGGCUUUCACCUGCGCUCUAACAAUCGCCCUCGGGUACUUUACCGGAGGCUUUGUACCACUGUUACCAUAUUUCUUCACCGAGAGCAUCACCAAGGCUCUGAUCUGGUCUAUUGGGACGAUGGUUCUUGCUCUGUUCUUGUUUGGAUACGUCAAGACGUGCGUGAACAUCGGCUGGCGAAGCGCUAGGCACAUCUGGCAGGGCGUGCUUGGAGGGGGUCAAAUGGUCUUUGUCGGCGGUGCAGCCGCUGGAGCGGCAAUGGGCCUUGUUCGGGCCUUUGAUUAUCAUCCUGCAAAAGCCUAA